AGUAGCGUCGGCGCCGCGCCGCGCACCCGGCGGGUAUGGUCAUGGCGUCCCCGGCCAUUGGGCAGCGCCCGUACCGGCUGCUCUUGGACCCAGAACCGCCGCGCUAUCUGCAGACCCUGAGCGGCCCGGAGCCGCCGCCGCCGCCACUGCCGCUGCCGCCGCCCGGCCGGGCCUCCCGCCGCUGCGCCCCCGCGCCCGUCUCCACUGCGCCCGGGGCGCACGAGGGGCGCGGCGCCCGAAGGGCCACCCGCGGGGACCUGGACCCCCCACCCCGGGCCUCCCGCCCCGCUCGCCCUCUCCGGCCUGGGCUGCAGCAGAGACUGCGGCGGCGGCCUGGAGCGCCCCGGCCGCGAGACGUGCGGAGCAUCUUCGAGCAGCCGCAGGAUCCCCGCGUCCCGGCGGAGCGAGGCGAGGGGCACCGCUUCACCGAACUGGCGCUGCGGAGCGGCCGCGGCUGGUGCGACCUGUGCGGACGAGAGGUGCUGCGGCAGGCGCUGCGCUGCGCUAACUGUAAAUUCACCUGCCACCCAGAGUGCCGCCACCUGAUCCAGCUGGACUGCAGUCAGCAGCAAGGCCCGCUCCGGGACAGACCUUCUCCGGAAUGCACCCUCACGCCGACCUCUGGCCAGAAUGCCUGUAAACCCGCGGAGGAGCUGCGGCGCCCGCCCACGCUGCAGGAGAUCAAGCAGCAGAUCGCCAGCUACAACAGCCGUGAGAAGAACUGCCUGGGCAUGAAGCUGAGUGAAGACGGCACCUACACGGGUUUCAUCAAAGUGCAUCUGAAACUGCGGCGGCCAGUGACGGUGCCUGCUGGGAUCCGGCCCCAGUCCAUCUAUGACGCCAUCAAGGAAGUGAACCUGGCGGCCACCACGGACAAGCGGACGUCCUUCUACCUGCCGCUCGACGCCAUCAAGCAGCUGCACAUCAGCAGCACCACCACGGUCAGCGAGGUCAUCCAGGGGCUGCUCAAGAAGUUCAUGGUCGUGGACAAUCCCCAGAAGUUUGCACUUUUCAAGCGGAUACACAAGGACGGGCAAGUGCUGUUCCAGAAGCUCUCCGUGGCCGACUGCCCCCUCUACCUGCGCUUGCUGGCCGGGCCCGACACGGACGUCCUCAGCUUUGUGCUCAAGGAGAACGAGACUGGAGAGGUGGAGUGGGAUGCCUUUUCCAUCCCCGAGCUCCAGAACUUCCUAACAAUCCUGGAAAAAGAAGAGCAGGACAAAAUCCAACAAGUGCAGAAGAAGUAUGACAAGUUUAGGCAGAAACUGGAGGAGGCCUUGAGAGAGUCCCAAGGCCAACCUGGCUAACCGGUCCUGCUUCCUCGCUCCCAGUGCCCACGGAUUUAUUUUUAUUAUUAACUAUUAUUUUGCAACAGACACUUUUUCUCAGGACACCUCUGACAGAUGCGUGCCCAUCAGCAGUCCCAGAUGCGGCACAGUCUGAUGGACACGUGUGUGCAUGGGGCUGGGUCCUGCCCACCGCCACGCAGCGCCCGUCUGCACCUGCCAGGUGGCACUUGUGCAAAGAGCAGCCGGCGCCCUCCCGCAAUCUGCAAGCCGUUCACAAACCAAAUAGUUGCCUCCUUUAUUUCUCCUUUACGUGCCACCCACAGGAUCUUAUUUAUGAGUUAAAAGCUGUAGCAUCUUCCUUUAGCAGGUCUGAGCUAAGCUCCUGAAAGCAGGAUGAUGCUCAUAAAAGGCCUGUCCCGCACUGGCCCAGGCGCCCAGGUCAGAAGAGCCAGGGCUGAAGUGGCUCAGAUUUCCGGGGAAGCUGCAGCCUGGCCCUGGCCCUCAUCGCCGGAGUCUGUGCACAUGUGAGCCCAAAGGCGUAGGUGUACAUCUGCGUGUGUGUGUGUGAUGCUUCACUGCGUCAUUGUCAACAACUGUUUGUUCUUCACUUCCAACUGUAUUUAAUAUUGCCAUCAUCCUCGUGUUUCCACCAAGGAAACCAGCUACUCGCCAUUUUAGAAGUCUCCUGCUAGCACGGAAAUCGGGCAGCCAGAGGAAGCCAAAGAGCUAGCGGAGAAACGUGUCCAAGUGUCUCCAGCUUUCCACCAGCGAGAGAACGGGGAGGGCCUGGCUGCCUUGGACCUGGGCCUCCAGCACGGCCUCUCCUGUAUGGGGUAUGGAAUCGGGGUGCUGCCAGAGGAGCUGCCUUGAUUUUAGAGGGGAACUUCCCACCCAGCCACGUGGAGUCCUCUGUGUUCUGAAGCACGGGCCAGCCAGUGGCAUUGCGCUCAGCGAGCGUGGGGCUGGCCUCCCGCUGACCUCCCCGCUGACCUCAGUGCCUUUUUGUUUCCAGAGAGACGGGAGCAGGGAGUUUGUUUGAAGCUUUGCUGCUGGCUUGUUCCUGCCAGGAAGUGGGCCACAGCGGUGUGGGAGACAAGGCCCGGAGAGCCCUCCCUGUGUCAGGGGUCAGGGUCAGGGUCAAGCCUUCUUCCUACUGAAGUUCCUGGGCUUUGAUUCCCCUGAGAGAUGUCAAACCACAUUGACAGGGCGGAUCAGAUUCCCGACUCACUUGUACUGGCUCCUGUUUCAGCCCAAACUUAAAAGUACACUAGCCACACAGCGCAAGCAGGUAGCCGGAUGCAGACACUCCAGUGCGAGGGAGAAGGCAGGGCAGCUUUUUCAGUCGGCCUCUGAGAGACCCUUUCUUCGAUGUCCUCUGCCGUCCCAAGUCCUUCUUGGGUUGGUUCAAGCCCAGGUUCCUUUGUGCAGCCUCGCCGAGUCCACACUGCCCUGAUCCCAGAAGGAAUGCUGACCCUUCAUCAUACAGGCUGUGCUAGUCUUCAGAGCUGCAGAAGCGAGACAGGCUGGCAGCUUGAGAUUUUAAACCACGGAACGCUAUGGUCUGCCAUCUCAUGCUCAGCCUUAGCACUCCCCCCGGAAAGCCUCUCUCCUGCUGUGUAGUUCAGGGAGCGGUCGAGUCCUUUCCCUUCACGCUGCAUGUCUCUACCACGGAUAGAAGGCACGGCUCCUGCUGCAACGCUGUGAAUGCUGCUGAGAACCUCCUGACGGGGGUGGCUACUUUAUUUUUGAGAAAGAAGAAAACAAAACUCAUGUACAUAUAUACCAUAAAGGCUAUGUAUAUAUAGCUAUGUAUGAAGAGAUAGGGGUGUUUAUGAAAUAAGAACGUUAUGGGAAAACGCAGACUUUAUCUGAAGCACAGUUAACCCAGGACCCAGGGUCCGAGCCUCCCCUCCCUCCCCGGGGAGGGCGUGACUGCUGGUAGUGCCUUCUAUCCUCCUGUUUCCCCGUGUGUGUGUUUUGAGGAUAUUUUCUCCUUAAAUGCCUUUCCUAUAUGGGUUUAAAGAAAAAAAAGUAAUAAAGUUCAUUGCAAAAGUGAUUCAGACUGAAGACCUCUUCCUUGAACUUGACCUUUUCAUGGGACUUGGGAGCUGGAGGGCGGUGGGAACCGAGACGAGCACAUUUCUUGGCAGUGUCAGA